AUGUCAGGCAGGGACAGCCAAAUGCGCUCCAAACACGUCAAAUCUCUCGAUAGAAGAACUUUGGAGCAGACGUUGAAACGUUUGGGAGCAUACGACAUCGAAAAUCCUCCCACCUCUGGCCAAGUUGAGAGUCUUCUCAAGUCUUCCAUAACUGGACAACUCGCAGUUCUAUGCGACCAUAUUGUUGGGCGGACGCAAGCCGUUCAUGUCAGACGUAACUUGCAGGAACUCCAAAACAGUAACCUCUCAAGGGCUAUUCUGAGCGAGGCGUUUCCACCAUCUUUAUUAUUAGCGGAUCCUACCAUCAAGGACCGGAGCAAUCCAAAGGAAACGGUCGAUGAAUCUCAACGUCGUACGGAUCAACUAGAGAAUGAGGCUUCGAUUCUGAAGACGCAUAUACCGAUGCUAGAAAAUGAAGUUGAAGUACUCAUCCCGUCUAAGUCACUUCUCAAGGAGCUCGACGAGUUCUCCUUCUCGUCGAUCCAAACUUUGAGGGCACUUCUCAAGCAAACCCAGGUUUCUGCAUCUCCUCUUUCGGUGAAUGAUAUUGUUACAAAGGUGGACUCGCUCCUCGACGAACAGGAAGCCCAGGGAUCAUUGGACUUCGGCAUGAAUCAGGGAGGGCUACCACGAUGGGAGGAUUUAUUGUCAACAACCGAGACGAUACUCGAUACAGAACUCGACUUACCAGAAUCUCUCCCACCCAUCGAGAUUUCGGCUGAGACCACCAUGUUGACAAACCUCAAAAUGUCUAUUCUCAAGUCCAAGGCAAAACUUGAAUCCCAAGAUCCAGUGAUGAGCCAUCGGGAUUUGGAGAUACAAUUAAACGCCCUUCCAGAGGGCGUCCAGCGUGAAGCCGUCGAAGCGCUCGCCCUUAAAAAGGCACGAAACCGACUCGUUCAAGAGCUUGCAGUGGAUUCGCCGCUACCUCAAAUGUAUGCAGAUUUAGCGAAAAACACAGACGAGUUGCAUAGGCGAAGUGUUCAGGCCUUGGUCUUAGUGCAAAGCCUAAUGCUGGAGACUCGACGAUUGAGUCGCGAGAUUCCCGAUACUGUGGUCAAAGAAAUUCCAUACAUGGAAUCAAGACUUCGCGAAGCAACUGAACAUCUAACUGGCUCCAUUGAUGAGCUGUGUCUGGAUAUCCGGCACAAAAAUGAGAGCUCGUUCAGCCGCGACGUUUGCGACGUCCUAGGGGUACCGGGCAAGCCCAAGAAAUACUUGAGCGGGUCAGGACCCUUCUACAGUCCAGAGGAUAACUUUGGAGUGAUAGUAUUUCUUGUUCACGAGGAAAAUCUUUCGCAUUUGGACCCGCCGUCAAUGGAGAGUACCAAAAGUCAACCGCAGGAAAGUGGAGGAAAUGUCACUCCCACAUCCCCUCAGAGUUCCUUAUCGGCAUCGGCUCCCCUAAUCUCAUCCAAGACGAGAAAGUAUUCGUCAUAUUUUGAACCAGGAGAGAUCGCCGCUAUGAGUGCCAAGCAGCGCGCAGGCAUAUCUGAAGACUCACAAGAAAAGAUGAGACAACUCGCCUGUACCUUUAUAGAGACAAUAGGGCAGAGGAUGGGCUUUCCGAGAAGAACUAUUGCGACAGGUCAGACCAUUUAUCAUCGAUUCAGGCUCUAUUUCCCCAUGAAGGAGUUCAGUUACAUCGACGUCGCACAAGCGGCGCUAUAUGUCUCAGCAAAGCUUCAUGAUACUCUCAAGAAGCCUCAGGAUAUUUUGGAGGUCGGAUAUAUGAUUCAAUAUCCCAAACUGGUCAAUAAAGCGACGGGCAUGUUGGAUAUUGACAUAAACCGUAGAGCUGAAGACCGGAAGAAGCUAUUAGCAAUUGAACGUCUGAUCCUGGAGACCAUCUGCUUCAAAUUUACCAUCCAAAUGGCAUUUCCAUACGUCAUCAAGUUCUCCAAGGCCCUCGAUGUCUCGAAAGACCUGGCGAAGCUGGCAUGGCGAUUGUGUGCGGACAGUCAUAGAACCGUUGUGACCCUAGAAUAUCCGCCGCAUUCUGUUGCGCUAGCGUGCAUCUAUCUCGCUGGGCUUCUGGCGACAUUCGAGGCGCCUCAGCUGGCCUCGGCUGAGGAAUCUACAAAGGCUCGCGCCCUUGUGAAUUUGCUGUCCGAGCCAGGUGAUUGGGAAGACAAGUAUCUGGUCAAAGUGGACGAUUUACAUGGGAUCUGUCAAUCGAUUCUCGACCUUCUGCGCUCUGCAUGCGAAACUGGGAUGCACAGUUAUUCAGCCUCUCCGGCUACGCCAUCUUCUCCUUCUCCGUAUCCGUCACCAAGAACUCCAAACCCUUUUCGCGGCUCAUCCGGGUCUAUGGGCACCGAAGAGUCCAUGAUUUUUACCUCUAGCCAUGUUAUUCGCCUAAAGAUUGCACUUCGCGAACAAGCGGACACGCUCAAAGCGAAAGGAUAUCAAUUUCGGAAGCGGAACACGAGCAGAGCUGUAGCACGUACCCCAACGGCAGCUACUCCCACUGCACCCAAGGAUCCAAAUAUCCCGUCGGCCAGUAAAGAUCCUGAUCCCUCGGUGGGCAAAAACGAAGGCACAGUCAGGUUCUUGUUUGGACUUAAUGAUUGA